GAGCCUGCCUGUGUUGAUGCGCACGUUCAGGAAAUAGCUCACUGAAAGUUCUAAUGAACAUGUAUCGCGGUUGGCGGCACAGUCAUUGAUGAAGCAGCAACAGAAACAGCAACAGAUGACUUUAAUUUCAGUAAAGAACACAGAUAGCAUCCAUAUUUAGGCCUAUUCAUGGCCAGCUAUGGUACAGUUCUGGCAGCGGUAAAGGUCACACGGGCCGUGUCUGGCCCACACACAUCAAGCUGGUUUUAGUGCAAGUUGUGGCUUGCUGUGUAUGGCCCAGAUGUGGCCCAUGUGACCUUUGCCGCUGCCAGAACUUAGCCAUAUGUGCCAUAAUUGGCUCUGAUGAGGUCUGGAUAUGUAUGCUAUUGCCAGCCACACUCAGGUUGAGUCAUCACCUUCAUUCUAUGCAUUAUGUGGGCCAGAAGAAUGUGGGGGAUGUGGGCUACAACUGGACCAGAUGUCAUUAGCUAUCUGGGAAAGAAAGGAGAUGUGAGUUGGUUGAUUCAGUAAAUUAGCUCAGGUCAGGAUAAUCAUAUUUUCUGUCUACACCUGUUGAUGUUAGCCUAACAUUGACUGAGCUAACAUUAACAUACACUGUUGCUAGGUCCACUUUAAACCGCAGCAUUUUCUGUCAGCAAUGUAUGACAGAAAAUGUAUUACAAAUUCAAGUACAGCAGUUAGUUUGAAAUAAAAGUUUAACAGAUUGAGAUGUACAUUAUUUAAAUUUUAUUCACACACAAAACAUUAAUCAUUAGUGAACAUUUUUGGCUUUAUAAAAUGAUUCUCUCAAGUCUUGGUGAUCGACCCCUAUUAAACAAUAAAGAAAGUAAGACUUUCUUAUAAAAUCUUUUUCUUAUACAUAGUUUAGUAGCGUGCUAUUCUAUUUGGCAGAAUUUAUCAUUACAAUCAACUUAAUUUUUUCCUGCAUUUUGUAUAACCAUAGUCCCUAAAUGUAUGUAAAUGCAGGAAAUGAAAUUAAAAUUCCCCAAAAACAUUUCCCCCCAUUUUGUGUCUCUCUUUAACUGGAUAAAUAAAUGGCUAUUAUAUUUUCAAAACUCACUUAUUAUGAUGCAGUGUUUUAAGGAAUUAAAACAGAAAUAAGCAGAGAGUAACAAUCCUAAAAAUGCAAAUAGAAUAUGUUUUGUUUUCAAUAAUUAUUACUUGGUUUAAUUUAGUGAAUAUAGCAGGGAGAGUAUUUAAAAUGAGACGAUUAUAAUGAGAACAACUUUAUGCUCGUGCAAAGGUAAAAAAUUAUAUUGUUUUUCUUGAAACUGUGGUAAAAAAACAACAACUUUCCUCUGAUCUUGGCUUCAAAGUUAAAAGUGAUGCUUCCCCUAUUUAACACAGCAGUAACAGAGCUCUCGAAUUCACUGUGUUGUUAGCAGUCCUGCUGAAACAUUCAAAGAGAAAGUCAUCUGAAAUCAUGCAUGCAUUUACCGUUUUAGGUCCUAUGUUGCUGAUAUGGUCGUGCCACAUCAAGAGAAGUUGGUCCAGUGAGAAUACUGAAUACCAAUUAGAAGAAAAAAGCACAAUAGAGUAUGAGUAUUCCACAGAGGUGGUGGAUUACAGCGGGCUUGAAAUCAUUUGCGAAAAGGGCUCCAUCCAUACCUUCCGUGCCUGGUUCCUGCCCACCAUCUACACAAUCAUCUGCCUCCUGGCUCUCGUGGGGAACUUUCUGAUUAUCCUAACCUACCUUUACUUCAAGAGGCUGAAGACAAUGACUGACGUCUACCUGCUCAAUCUAGCCAUGGCUGACAUGCUGUUUGCAAUUUCUCUCCCCUUCUGGGCAGCUAGUUCCAUGAGAAUGUGGUAUUUGGGUCUGUAUACAUGCAAGGCCAUGUUCACAAUCUACAAGGUCAGCUUCUUCAGUGGCAUGUUCCUUCUCACCUGUAUCAGCAUAGAUUGCUAUUUCUCCAUAACGAAGGCAGUCUCUGCUCAUCGCUGUUGCUCAAGUGCUGUCUAUUAUGGACAGGUGUCCUCUCUGCUUGUCUGGGUGAUGGCGGUGAUCUUUUCUGUACCCGACAUGGUGUUCUCUGAAGUCAAUGUCAGUAUGACCUGUGUAGCAAGUGGCAGCAACUAUGAUGACUACCGCAUUAAGAUCCUGGUAAGUCAGAUGAUCCUGGGUUUUAUAAUUCCAGCGGUUGUCAUUGGAUUCUGUUACAUCUGUAUCAUCAAGACCCUUAACCAAGCCAAGAACUUUGAGAGGAAUAAAGCCAUCAAGGUUAUCAUUGCAGUGAUAGCUGUCUUUGUGUUCAGCCAAUUACCUUACAUCGUAGUCAUGGGAGUGACCACUCAGGAAACAAUGGAAUGCAACAAGGACAGCAGUCUUUAUGCCAUGGAUGUGACCAGAGCCGUGGCCUUCUUGCGCUGUUGUGUGAACCCAUUCCUGUAUGCCUUCAUUGGGGUAAAUUUUCGCAAUGAUCUAAGAAAGCUAUUGAAAGACUUGGGAUGUAUCAAAUAGAGACGCUGUCCAGGCUUCUGUCAGCCUGGACAGCGAAACCACCACGUUUUCCCCCUGAAUGCUUGUAUUUGCUUAAGAGCAGUAUAGUGGUAAAUCAGUUCAUAAGCUCCAUUUAAAGGAAACUGCCUGUGGAGGACUGAAUGGUGAUAUACUGCAAAUUUUGGUAUGCCUGCUUUGUAACAAUAAGCUUUUCACUUGUUUUUGAUUGCCCUUUGAGAGAAGAAAUUAUUUUCACUCUUUGGGCCCUAUAAUACACCCGGCGCAAUGCGACGCAAGGCGCAGCGCAAGUGUGUUUGCUAGUUUGCGUCCGGCGCCGUUCGCGUUUU